CAGUGAGGCAUUUACAAUGGAAGUGGAUGUGGCCAAUCCGUAAACAUUAAAAUACUCACUGUUUUAGAAAUAUGUAAAGUAGGCCACAAGUCGUUAAACGUUUCGACGCUGUUAUUGUUUUAGAGGACACAUGAAAUGCAACGAAUCCUGUUCUCUCGGUUGGAAACCCUUUUGUCGAUUGUUACUUCCGUAUUCAGAAUUUUAUUGAUUGACAUUCAUCAUGUCAGAGUUUCUGAUGUUCACGGGUGUUAUUAUUGGGGCGCUGAUGAUAUUUCGUAGUUUUAUUCUUGGUGCGCGCUGCAAAAGCAAAGAGAAACUACAUGGCAAAACGGUCAUCGUAACAGGUAGUAACACGGGCAUUGGUAGAGCCACAGCAGAAGAUUUAGCGCGGAGAGGCGCACGAGUCAUUCUGGCAUGCCGGAACCGAGUGCGCGGCGAGGCUGCUGUUGCUGUUGUAAAACGAGAGAGUGGGAGUCAAAAUGUGGCGUUCAUGCAUCUGGACUUAGCCAGUCUUAAGUCCGUACGCUCCUUUGCAGAGAUUUUUCUCAAGACAGAGAAAAGACUGGAUAUUCUCGUCAACAAUGCAGGAGUCUAUAAGCAGGGCACUACUGUGGAUGGUCUUGGACUUAUGUUUGGCAUCAACCAUGUUGGUCACUUCCUUCUGACUAAUUUGCUGCUGGGCAGAAUGAAAGAGUGUGCACCAAGCCGUAUCAUCAACGUGUCUUCAAAUUUACAUAAUUUUGGUAACCUUGACUUUGACUGUCUUCGCACUCACAAGGAGUUUGGAGUGGGUGAGUCUGCAAUGGAUGUCUUUUGGAUAUAUUCACACAGCAAACUGUGCAAUGUGCUCUUCACACAUGAGCUUGCAAAGAGGCUACAAGGAACCAAUGUAACCUGUUACAGUCUCCACCCAGGUGUUAUCAACACAGAAUUGACUCGUUACACUAAUAAAGUUUUCAGGAGGUUGUUACUGAGGCCCAUUGCAGCUUUGUUCUUUAAGGACGUAGAGUCCGGUGCCCAGACGACUUUACACUGUGCCCUGCAAGAGGGCACUGAAUCCCUCAGCGGCAGGUAUUUCUCCAACUGUGCAGUGCAGAAGGUGAAGGCAAAGGCUAAGGAUGAUGCUGUGGCCAAGAAGCUGUGGGAAGUGAGCGAGACAUUAAGUGGCCUGUCCUAAAUUCACAUAUGCAUUACAGGUGUCAGUGGGUAGCACUGUCGCCUCACAGCAAGAAGGUCCAGGUUCGAGUUACAGCUCACCCAGGGCCUUUCUGUGUGUAGUUUGUAUGUUCUCCCUGUGUUCACGUGAAACAUAAUCUUUACAUAAUUGUUUUGUCCAUGGAAAGUCAAAAACCGAUGGUGAUACCUGUCUGUAGUUGUUAAUUAUGAUUAUAUGCAUGUAAUAAUAUGAAUAUAUUGAUGUACUGUCAUUUGUAUUCUUUACUAUUGUAAUAAAGGAGAACAUGGGACAUCUGAACAGUUGCAUUGGGCACACGGAUAAUUAAUUAUAAUUCUUUACAUUUCUAUAGCGCUUUUACUGUAUAGUAUAAGGGGACUCUCCUCAACAACCACCAGUGUGCAGCAUCCACCUGGAUGAUACGACAGCAUGCAUAGUGCGCCAGUAUGCUCACCACACACCAGCAG